AUGAUCAUCGUCAAUGUAUUCAGCAGCUUUGUGGCCUGGAGCAGGGGCAUAUAUUACAUGAGAUUCAAACAUUGCUUACCCUACAGAUUCAAGCAUUGCUUACUCAACAGAUUCAAGCAUCGCUUACCCUACAGAUUCAAGCAUCGCUUUCCCUACAGAAUCAAACAUUGCUUACCCUACAGAAUCAAGAUCACUUACCCUACAGAAUCAAGCAUCACUUACUCUACAGACACAAGCAUUGCUUACCCUACAGAUUCAAGCAUUGCUUACUCAACAGAUUCAAGCAUCGCUUACCCUACAGAUUCAAGCAUCGCUUACCCUACAGAAUCAAGCAUCGCUUUCCCUACAGAUUCAAACAUUGCUUACCCUACAGAUUCAAGCAUCACUUACUCUACAGACACAAGCAUUGCUUACCCUACAGAUUCAAGCAUCGCUUACCCUUCAGAUUCAAGCAUCGCUUACCCUACAGAUUCAAGCAUCGCUUACCCUACAGAUUCAAGCAUUGCUUACCCUAGAGAUUCAAACAUUGCUUACCCUACAGAAUCAAGCAUAGCUCACCCUACAGAAUCAAGCAUUGCUUACCCUACAGAAUCAAGCAUCGCUUACCCUACAGAUUCAAACAUUGCUUACCCUACAGAUUCAAACAUUGCUUACCCUACAGAUUCAAGCAUCACUUACUCUACAGAUUCAAGCAUCACUUACCCUACGGAUUUAAGCAUCGCUUACCCUUCAGAUUCAAGCAUCACUUACCCUACAGAUUCAAACAUUGCUUACCCUACAGAUUCAAGCAUCACUUACCCUACAGAUUCAAGCAUCGCUUACCCUACAGAUUCAAGCAUCGCUUACCCUUCAGAUUCAAGCAUCACUUACCCUACGGAUUUAAGCAUCGCUUACUCCUCAGACACAAGCAUCACAAUGUUUCCAAGCUAUACAGGCAUUUUUUAUCAAAAACAACAACAUUUUUUAACAGAAGGAAUUUUUAAUAGGAUAAGAUUUUAAUGAUUCUAAAAUGUGGUAACUUUCAAGCAGAUGGUUAUCCUUCAUUAUGUUUAGAAAUCCGUCUUAGAUAGAAAACUGAUGUGUUACUGAUAUAGGUUAAACAAAUUUAUUUACUUCAAAAACUAUUGAAUUUACUACCUGAGGAAAUCAUUUAAUUAUCUAGAUCUCCUUUUUUGUGUCAUGAAUUAUGUAAAUUUAGUUUUUUGGAUGUUUAGGUGUUGGAUUAUUUUGGCAGAAACUAAUUCAGGUUUGCAGGUUUUGUAAAGUUAGGAUGUUAUACUGUAUAUAAAGAGUUGUGAGGAUAUACAAAAUCUUCAAGACAUUUUAUGGUGCACCAGAUGGAGAUUAAAGUAAAAUAAAAUCCAGUUUGUUUUGCAGUAAAACUAAAACCUCAGGCUAACUUAGGAAUAUUUAUUCUCUUGAGAUAAUAAUUUCCAUACAGUUGUUUUAAUACAAAACUCUGAUAUAUGAAUAACUACAUAGAAAACAAUCCCCAGGUGUCUCUAGGCUCAGAGGCAACUGAGGCAGCUUUAGAAAAAGUGAGUUGGCUUUAUGGUUGAUUUUAUAAUAAAAUUAUAAAUAAAAUAAUUUCUUGAAAACAUAUCUUACAAUCAUUGUCAUGAUUUGACACAAAGAAAAAAAAAGAAAAAGAAGAAGAAAACAUUAUUGGUUACUAGUCUCCCACAGUAGCUGCGUAGUAAGUACGUAUUUCUAAAGUGAGUGAGUGAGUGAGUAUGGUUUUAAGCCGCUUUUAGCAAUAUUCCAGCAAUAUCACGGCGGGGACACCAGAAAUGGGCUUCACACAUUGUACCCAUGUCAGGAAUCGAACCCGGGUCUUCGGCAUGACGAGCUAAUGCUUUAACCACUAGGCUACCCGACCGCCCCCUCAGGGGAAAGAGAAAAUAUGUAUUAGUUUAAUUUACCGUAAUAAGCGCCCAUGGUGCUCUCAAAAUUAGAAAUAGCUUGAUGUAUUAACUUCCAUAUCUUAUUAUUGUGAUAAUGCAGCUCCACAUUACCGAUGAGUAGAAAAGGUUGCUUGUGCCACUGUUACACAGGGAAGUACCGGUAAACAGCAGGUCAUGUUGAAAAGGAAAUAUAGUUGCUUUGUGUUCGUGAUUUUUUUAAUACUACCUUAUAUCACUUACCUAUAUUCCUCUGUGAUAACGAUGAUAUAUUUAAUGUUUAUUACCACUUCUUUGUUGCAGCUACUCAUUUGUAAAAUUAAAGUGUUUGUUGUUAUUAUGUUGACUUUGAGGUGCACAACAAUAUGUGUAUAUAUAUAUAUAUAUACACAUCAAAGCGACCAUAUCGCUACCUCUCUGUAUUGCUUCGGUGACAGCAUGUGAUAUAAGCAAAUGUAAACUACACAAAUGGAAAUAGUUUUUCACUUUUUGAGUUAUUUUCUCAUUGAAAGUUAACCGUGACAUAUAUUUAUCUUGAUAUGUAGGGGCAGUCAGGUAGUCUAGUGGUUAAAGCAUUCGCUCGUCACGCCAAAGACAUGGUACAAUGUGUGAAGCCCAUUUCUGGUGUCCCCUACCGUGAUAGUGCUGGAAUAUUGCUAAAAGCGGCUUAAAACCAUACUCACACACUCACUUGAUGGGAAUACUCGUUAAAAAUGAAAGAGAAAAAAUAUGAUCAUUGUUGCUUUGCGUUGGCUCUGUUGCGGUAUGUGUUAAAGUGGGCUCUAUGGAACGAGGUAAACGGAAGUUGUAAGUAUCGCAGGGACACGAUUUCGCAGAAAUUAAUGUAAACAUUAUGGAAUGAAAUUUUGAAUAAAAUGACUAAAAUAGAGUACAAACAUAAGUUCCCAUGUACAAUGAACACUUAAAUAGUGUAACAAAAGGGUUAAAUUGCAUAAUUCAAUAUGGAUUUGUUGAUAUUCUAUUUCCGAUGAGUAUUAUGCACGAGUACGUAUUAUUCAUGAAUAGAUAAGUCUUUUGAACAUUGAUCAAUUGGAAGGGUGCUUAUUGAUCAUGAGAUUGUUCACAUGUCCCUAUAUCAGCAAAUAGCACCAUGGGCGCUUAUUAGAGAGGAGUGCUUAUUGCCCUCGAAUACAGUAUUACUCAUUUGUGAAAUUCUGUGUUAGCAGGUCAGUUAACAAUUAAACAAAAACAAAGAGCCUAAGUUACUAUUCUUCCUUCAUUAUUGAUCAAACCAGUGAGUGAGUGAGUAUGGUUUCACACUGCUUGCAGCAAUAUUCCAUCAACAUCACGACGGGGGCCUCAGAAAUGGGCUUCACACAUUGUACCCAUGUCGGAAUCGAACCCGGGUCUUCAGUGUGGCAAGCGAAAACUUUAACCACUUGGCUACCCGACAGACAUGCUAGGGUAGACAGCAUUGAUCAAACCAGAACAUGCCAGGGUAGAUACCAUUGAUCAAACCAGAACAUGCUAGGGUAGACAGCAUUGAUCAAACCAGAACAUGCCAGGGUAGAUACCAUUGAUCAAACCAGAACAUGCUAGGGUAGACAGCAUUGAUCAAACCAGAACAUGCCAGGAUAGAUACCAUUGAUCAAAUCAGAACAUGCUAGGGUAGACAGCAUUGAUCAAACCAGAACAUGCCAAGGUAGAUACCAUUGAUCAAACCAGAACAUGCUAGGGUAGACACCAUUGAUCAAACCAGAACAUGCUAGGGUAGACAGCAUUGAUCAAACCAGAACAUGCCAGGGUAGAUACCAUUGAUCAAACCAGAACAUGCCAGGGUAGAUACCAUUGAUCAAACCAGAACAUGCUAGGGUAGACAGCAUUGAUCAAACCAGAACAUACAAGGGUAGACAGCAUUGAUCAAACCAGAACAUGCUAGGGUAGACAGCAUUGAUCAAACCAGAACAUGCCAGGGUAGAUACCAUUGAUCAAACCAGAACAUGCUAGGGUAGACAGCAUUGAUCAAACCAGAACAUACAAGGGUAGACAGCAUUGAUCAAACCAGAACAUGCUAGGGUAGACAGCAUUGAUCAAACCAGAACAUGCUAGGGUAGACAGCAUUGAUCAAACAAACUUGUCCACAACUCAUUUCGCUCUAGUGGUUCAUGUAAAUGAGCUAGAUUUUGGUAGAAAACAACUCGUCCCUCUGGGCUUUCAUUGGCCUCCAACCAACAGACUAGUGACUGUGUGUGACAAGGACAUGAGGGAGAUAUACUCCCGUAUAUCCUGGUUAUGUCAUAUAUAUAAUUCAUUCGUUACAUCACAAUUAUUUGUUGAAACAUUAAACACUUCAUUUUUGUAUCAUGCAUCAUAAAACUCUAUUGAUGCUUUGAAAAAAAACUCAAACAUUUUUUUCCUCAGUGGCAUUUAUACAAGUUUAUGAGCAACAAUGACACAGCUUUGUGGAAUGAUAUUGUUUGUAUUUUUCACUUUGUGUAUUGAAACGUUACCAACAGGAUACAACACAAGAUUGUGUAGCUAGUAGAAUGGCUUACAUUUAUAAUGGCAUAUGGGAUUCUGGGUUAGAAUAGUCCCCAGCAACCAAUCUUGAUCGUAGGCAUCGACCAAAUGGACUGUUGUCAGGCUUGCUGGUUGAUAGAGCCUCAUUGUACCGUGAUGCUGCGGAUUGAUGUUCACACUAUCGAUCACUGGAUUGUCUGGUCCUGAUUAUGUAGACUGCUGUCAUAUAGCUGGAAUAUGGCUGAGUUCGGAAUUAACAACAAAUAAACAAACAUUGUGUCCAGCUAAUCCCCAUUAAGUCUGUUGUCACAACAAACAUGGUACUGGAGAAAGAGGACAAGGGUUGAUUACUCAUCUGUUUUUUGCUAUUCCGCCCACUAUUUCAAACGAGAGUAAGUAACAGAUGCGUUGGGCCAAUCUUAGACUUGCUUGGGCUUUUAGUAAAAAAAAACCUAAUAAAUAUAAAUUCCAUAGUCAUAGCGCAGGGCUAGGCCAAUCUCAGCAAUAUGUCAUCUUUAUAAAAAUUCUGUAAAUAUUUGACUCUGGUCCAGACAAACCGAAUUUGUGACCAAUGAUGAUUACACACACAGCUAGCGCCUGACCACCCAAUCCUCUAUUAGCAGCUCUUAUGACACACACUAUUCAUCCCAGGCACACCAUUUUGUAAGGAGAGCACCUCUCACCUGGAGUUUCACAGCUACCUCAGAUUCUUCUAUGGAAACUGACUUGGUCCAAGAUUAUCAGAGGUUAAAAUCUAAUAAUCUGUAAUUGCCCUAUUACUAGUAAAUAUAACCCUUAAACUGUAGUUAAUCAAGAUAAAUGGCAAAGGUAAUGAUGUUAAGUUCAUAAUGACCCAGAUGGCUCAUGACCCAUAAUAGCCUGUGGGACACUCACUGAGUCAGGCUGAGAGCUGCUCCUUUAACUGCACGGCCCAAACAGGUCUUAAGGAAAAUAGCAGUAUAUUGUCCAUCAAGCAUACAUUGUUGUCAGAUAGUGGGGUUUCAAUUACCUAGUUUGAAACUCACAUAAGACCGGGUGUCCAUUUACAGGUCACAUUUGUCCAAAUGAAGGGCUUUGUUCAAAUAGAGGCGGGGUCGGGAUGAAUGGAGGACUUAGUGGUACAGAAGAUGGCUGAUGAC